AAUGUCAAAAUUCGUUAAUUGUUAUUAUUUAUGUUUUUUUUUAUUUUGUCUUGGAAAUAUAGUUUAUUUAUGCUUUAUUUUAUUCAUGGUUAUAUAAAAUGCAAAACAAAGAUGCCACCAUUAAAAAAACAGCUUUAGACUAUAGUCAGUACAUCACCAAUAACAAUAUUAAAGAAAAGCUAGAACCAGUAAACAAAACAGUAGAUGAUCUACUGGUCCGUCUAGAAGAGUUUGAAACAAUGUUUUCACUAAUCCAACCGGACAUAAAAGACUCUAAAGACAUUUUAAAUUCAAUUAUAAGCUAUAAGCCAGAAUUCGACGAUUUGUGUGAUAAAAUUGACAGCACCGAAUUCAUGAUUGCCCACAUAAAAACAAAUUUGGAUACCUUGGAGGGCAAAAUUGAGGAGGCGGAAGCUAAAAUGGGGAUUUCUGAUGCAGCAAGUAAAGUUAGCAGCAUAUUAACCCCAUUGUUUAAAAAGAGUGUGGAUAGGAGGCCAGUUAAUACUUCGGUGGAACAGUUCAAAGUUGAAGAUUACAUUAAGCCUUUAUGAGUAGGUGUUAAUUGUACAGGGUAUUGUUGAAGAUAAAAAAUUGUUAUUUAAAAAAUAUUAUGUAAUUUAUUAAAACUUAAGUACAAAAUCACAAUAAUUAUAAGCAAGGGAUUAAAAAAAUAUACAAUAUUAAUAAAUAACAUUCAUUCAA